GAGUCUGUCAUGCUGCUGCCAGGCCCCUAAUCUGCCAUGGGCCCCUAUAUAACCGCCUCCUCAUCUCAUGCUGCUGCCAAGUCCAGAGUCUGUCAUGGGUCCCUGUACGGCCUCCCAUUGCUGCUGUCUCCAUCGCCACACUCUGCUGCCAUGUGCCACUUUCAGGUCUCUUCACACUGCUGGUGUGUUAAAUUUUUUUUGACAUAGGGUGCAGGCAGAUUACGGGCCUCACAUAGCUGCUGCCAGGCCCCCUAAUCUGCCAUGGGCCCUAUAUAUACCGCCUCCUCAUGCUGCUGCCAAGUCCAGAGUCUGUCAUCAGGUCCCCUGUACGGCCUCCCAUUGCUGCUGUCU